AUGGACAUCAAGACCAGGUUCUUGAUCCUCUCCGACACCCACGCCGAAGACUGGGCACCUCGGGUCGCCUCCCUUCCGCCUAUAGAUGUGGCCAUACACUGCGGCGACCUCACGGAGGAAUCUAAAAUGGCCGAAUUCCGCACAUCACUCCAGCUUUUGAGCAGCAUUGACGCCUCUCUCAAACUUGUAAUUGCCGGCAACCACGACUUUACAUUGGACACGCCCAAAUUUAAGCAGAAGCUCGCGGAGGCAAAUGCCUCUAUAGAGUCAGAGCUUAUCAAGAAAGAGUUUGGCGACAUUGGAGAAGCCCAGAGCCUCUUCUGCGAUGCACGAGAAAACGGCAUCAUAUUUCUCGACGAGGGAACUCAUCAUUUCAAUCUUCGCAAUGGCGCCUCGUUGACCGUCUACGCAAGCCCAUACACUCCAUCCCUCGGCGAUUGGGGAUUCCAGUUCAACCCAAAAGACAGCCACAACUUUGACAUCGACAGGAGCGUCGACGUGGCGAUUACCCACGGGCCGCCCAGAGGAGUCCUCGACAUGACGAGCUCUAGGCAGCGCGCUGGCUGCGAGGCGUUAUUUUCUGCAAUAGCCGCGUCUCGGCCACGCUUACAUUGUUUUGGUCAUAUCCACGAGGGCUGGGGCGCAAGACUCGUUACUUGGCGAGACGGCACCUUGGGCGAAAAGCCAUCGCAUUUCUCAAAUAUCGACAAUGAACGGUCUUGCACCAUCGAAACACUCUCUUCCCUGUACCCUCGAAAAUUCGAUACUGCAGAGACAAUAGCUGAAAAGAACAUGAAGCGGCAGCAAUACAUCAGUAACGGAUUCUGUCGGACAAGCCAUUGUAAGGGGGACGAUGGCCCGGUACAGUCGGGUUUACAGACGCUCUUCGUCAACGCGGCUAUUCAAGGCCUUGACGAAGAUGCCAUGCAAUUACCGUGGAUAGUGGACAUUGAACUGGUAAAGAGUGAUGUGUCGGGUGAAAAGGGUGAAGGUGAUAUUUAG